GAGUUCUUCCUGUUUGCAAAGAUGGAGGCAGAGGGAAUGUUGCCCCCGCAGUCGCUCUCUGCUAAGUUUGAGGGGUCCUUUGCCUAUCUGACUGUGAGAGACAGACUGCCAACUAUACUCACAAAAGUGGUGGACACAUUACACCGCAAUAAGGACAACUUCUAUAAAGAAUAUGGCGAGGAAGGGACGGAGGCAGAGAAGAGGGCCAUCUCCUUCCUGUCUAGGCUGAGGAAUGAACUGCAGACAGACAAACCUGUGCUGGCUCUCACUGAUAAUGCUGAAGACACACAGGCCUGGAAUGAAUACAUGGAAAGACAGCAGGACCUGAUGGAGAAUGGGCAGCUGGUCAGCUGGUUCAAGUCGCCGUGGCUCUAUGUGGAGUGUUACAUGUACCGAAGGAUCCAAGAGGCUCUGUAUAUGAAUCCACCGAUGCAUAACUUUGACCCGUUUAAGGAGGGAAAAACGCAAAGCUACUUUGAAUCUCAGCAAGCGAUUAAGUACCUCUGCACGUACCUUCAGGAGCUCAUCACCAACAUGGAGAACAUGACAGAGAUACAGCUGCGAGAGAACUUCCUCAAGCUGAUCCAGGUCUCUCUGUGGGGAAACAAGUGUGAUCUGUCCAUCUCUGCGGGUCAAGACAACUCUCAAAAGUUAAGUCCCAUUGAUUCUCUGCCUGAUCUCCAGCGCUUCAUCCUAGUGGAUGACUCCAGCAUGGUUUGGUCAACACUAGUUGCUUCUCAAGGGUCCAGAUCCUCAGGGAUGAAACAUGCAAGAGUGGAUAUUAUUUUAGACAACGCUGGUUUUGAACUCGUUACUGAUCUAGUUCUUGCAGACUUCCUUAUUUCAUCCGGACUGGCCAAGCAAAUCAGAUUUCAUGGCAAGUCCAUCCCAUGGUUUGUUUCAGACGUCACUAAACAAGACUUUGAGUGGACCAUCAAGCAGACCAUGGCAGCCAAUCACAAGUGGAUGUCAGCCAGCGGUGUCCAAUGGAAGCAUUUCAUGAAGGAGGGUACCUGGUCCUACCACGACCAUCCAUUUUGGACUCUGCCCCAUGAGUUCUGCGACAUGACGGUGGAUGCAGCUAAUCUCUACAGCACACUGCAGACCUCAGACCUGAUUCUCUUCAAAGGAGAUCUGAACUACAGGAAGCUGACUGGAGAUAGGAAAUGGGAGCACACGGUUCGGUUUGAUCAAGCACUUAGGGGGUUCCAGCCAGCCCCUCUCUGCAGUCUCAGGACACUAAAAGCUGAUGUUCAGGUGGGCUUACAGGCGGGUCACGCAGAGAAGCUCAGCACUCAGGAUCCAGACUGGAUGACCAAUGGAAAAUACGCCGUGGUGCAGUUUUCCAGUCCACACAGAGAACAGUAGAGGCUGAUAAGGGUGAUAACCAGAAGCAAAAUAUUAAAAAAAUGCACCCUUCGGUUACCAACAUGCCAAACAAAUGUCUGCUAAUCUCUGCUUGUGUUUAUUAUUCAACAGUUUUAGAGCAAGUCAUGUAACGACUCUUUCUGCACAUCGAAUGUUUUCAUUGUUAAUUGAUAAGUGAAGGUUUGAAGAGACGCCUGGCAGAGCUCGAGCCUAGUUUACAGAGUAAUAGAUUGUCUGUUUGCACUGCUGGUUUGUAUUCAGUCCAAGAAUAUUUGCCACAAAAAUACAGAUGUACAAACAUUAAGAUGUGGCACGCGCUGUACAUUUGAUAAAAGUCUACAAAAAAAAUGUUUUUAUCACGGUAAAGGGAUU